UCUCAAGCCAAUGGCAACUGCAUCCUUGAGCAGCGAUGGAGAAACGUGAGUUGAUGAGGAAGGAGGAUCUGCUGAGCUGUGGGAGCCCAGACCACGCUGCUGCUCCUCUCCCCGACACGCCAGGUUUGGCUGCAGGUCCCCAUCCUGGCACAGAGCCCUCUGCACCCCCCCAGGAGCUGCUGGCCUCAGGGCUCAGUGCAGGGUGUGAAUACUCUCCUGCUCUGUUCCCUCCAAAACCCAUGGUGUUUCAAGCAGAAGAGAGCAUCUUAUAUAUUUCUGUGGACGAAGCCAAAGAUGCCUUUGUCCAGUUUAUGAGCAGCAAAUGCUGCUCCAGGAGCGUCCCAGCAGAGCAGCUGGAGGUGCAGAGCCUGACUGCACUGAACACGUACCGGUACCAGCUGCAGACGUUCACGGAGAGCAGGAGCACUCUGCCAGCCAGUGAGCCCUACAGGGGUGGGUUUGUGGACUCUCCAGAGGUGGCUGUGCCCCCAGGACCCUGGGAUGUGGCCGUGACCCCCCCUCCUCUGUUCACUGACUGCGAGAUGCAUGUGCCAGUGCCUCACACCUACAGGGUCCAGGGCUGUCCCUGCUGUGCUGGAACUGGCCGUGCCCCGUGCAGCCACUGCGGAGGCUCCGCCAAGAGUACCUGUGUUUUCUGUGGAGGCAGUGGCAGGGACUCUCACAGUUAUGACACUUACAGCAGUUGCCCAGGCUGCGGCGGUUCAGGACGGAUGAGGUGCGUUUUCUGCCAUGGGAAGGGCUGGGUGCCCUGUGCCCGCUGUGACAUGAAGGGCCUCUUGCUCUGCCACUCUGAGCUGACCAUAACCUGGAGGAACAGACUCGCAGAAUAUGUUGUGGACAAGAACCAGGGGUUCCCUCUGUCCCGCUUCCAGGAGGUCACGGGCAAGCAGCUCUUCAGUGAUGAAGACUACUUGCUGCGGCCCCUGGCCUUCCCCCUGCCCGUUCUGCGGGGUGCAGAGUCCUGCCUUGCCCUGCAUCAGAUGCAGGUCUCGGGAGAGACACGGAUCCUGAGACAGAAACAUGCUGUUGAGUUAAUUCCCCUCACUAAGGCUGAAUACGACUGGAAAGGGAAGGGAUAUUCCUUCUAUGUCUUUGGUAAUGAGAAGCAAGUGUAUGCAGAGGAUUACCCAGGGAAGUGCUGCUGUGCCAUCCUGUGAGCAGGGAUCCUGCCAGAGCUGAGCUGGGACCUUGUAUGGAUGGAAGUCCUGCAUGCUGGCAGCAGUGCUGACACAUGUCUGUUGGUUUGCUAGUAGCCUUACUCUGGAGCUGCUGAUGCUUUCUAGGCCACUGGCUCCCUCUGAGCUUUAAUAACUCAUUUAAAAUGUGCUGUAACCCUCUGAAAGUGAUGCUUGCCUGCACUGGCACGUAACCUCUGCUCUGCUCCUCAGUUGAGAGUGCUGGGAGAGAAGACAGCAUGCUGAUAGCUAGCUACAGCCAUGCCACAGCUCUAAUUGCAGAUUGAGAAUCCUCAGAUCUCCUUGUUCAAUGCUGUUAAGCAGAACCCAUUACCCUGUUCCACAGAAUCAAGACUUUCCUUUGCUGUGGUUUGUUUUUUUUGCAGCUUUCUCUUUUUUUUUCCCAGUGAUAAGGGACAAUUCAAUAACAAUGUUAUCAUGAUGCAGCAGGCCCUUUGGUACAGCCCUUUGUAUCAUGCCAUUCACAUGCAUUUAAGGGUGUGAAAGCUCCUAAGCAGCUGUGCUUUUGGUCUCUUCUAAAAACCACACAGCAUCAUUCUACUGUUGGCACACUUCAGAGUCUCAGACACAAUAUGUAGAAAUGGAACAGAGCAGCUUUCCAGGAGUGUGUCUCCAGCACAGCAGAGCCCCAGGGGCAGCAGCAAGCACCCAGCACAUCCCUCAGCAAAGGUCUGUGGCUACACAGGGAGUGCAGCUGCCUCAGAGACGCGUGUCAGGUGUUCUUGGGGCCCUGGGCUGGGACUGCAUCGUGCUGCCUGCAGCUGUGGGGUGCACAGAACGCAGGCUGUGAGCUCAGGCUGGACUGUUGAGCUCUUGGAGGGUGAUGGAGCUCAGUGAUGCUGGAUGGCUCUGAGAAGGUGACAGUAACUUCUGUACCAGAGUUAGCUCUGCACACUUCCUCACUCAAGGGAAUGAAUUUUCCUUUCUCUCCUGCUGUUCAGCCCCAGGGAGCUGUACAGGGAGCUCUGCCUCUGGGUGAUGGGAGAGGUAUGACCUGGGGAAGGAGAACACUUGCCUCUUCACUCCCCUGAACCCCCUGUUAGUGAGUGAUAGGUCUCUGCUGUCUGGUUCCAUUCACACUGCUGAACAUAACUGUGUUUAGGAAACCAGCACAGUGUGCACAGCCUGCCCAGCACGCUCCUGGCAAGCUGCUGAUUCCUCCUGCCUGGACAUCAAGUCACUGCUUCCCACCAUCAGCACUGUUUGGCACAGGGGAGUGGCUCAUGGGGGGUGGGUUUGGCUGGUGUGAGCACAGAAUUUGCAGAAAACAAUGUUUUUCGGAGGAGAUUGCUGGGAAAGGCUCAUCUCUGCUCCCAGCCUCUGAAAAUGGAGCAACAAAUGAAAGCAGACAGUAAGUAAAGCUUCAAGAAAUACGUUGCUGGCCAUUGCUGCGGAGGUUCUUCACUGUCUUUAUGCAAUUGUACUUCUUGAUUGGGGUAUUCAUAAAGUUUUCU